GUAUAAUUUCUCUAUAUUACAUUUCAAUAAGCACGUUGCAAUCCACCAUAAGCUAUGACGUGCCUGAUUACGAAAAUCAAUGAGACAAUUAGCAAUCCUACGGUUUAUUCCUACUUGAAGCAAAUUUACUAACUUAUACACUAAUGCAUAUCACGGAAAAUAGAGACGCUUUAGUAAAUGUUGAAGAUGCGAACAGCGCUUCAAAAGCCCUCAUCAUCGAGUCAAAACACACUUACAAGCUGACAAGUGAAUGGAAACAGCCAAAGCUGAAUGGAAACCCACAUAAUGUUAAAGUGCGGAUAAUCGCAGCCGGAUUGAACACCAUCGACUAUAAGUCUGUUGAUUACAACUUCAACCUGCCCCAGUAUCCCUGGACACUAGGCAGGGAAGCAAGUGGCAUCGUUAUCGAAGCAGGUGCAGAGGCUAGUAAAACUCUCAGCGUGGGCGAUCGCGUAUGGGUUUCGACAUACUACAAGUAUAUCGAUGGUGGCGUAUUCCAGGAGUAUAUUGUAGUACCGAGCCAUACCGUCAUUAAAAUACCUUCUACUAUAACCUAUGACAAGGCAGCUACUCUCGGUGUUACUGCAUUAACGGCGUCUAUGACUCUUCAUCAUUAUUUCAACAUAUCUAUAGAUGCCAAUACCCCUGAUAGCUUACUUGUAUGGGGUGCCAGUACCGUUACUGCGCAGUUCAUCAUUCAAUUAGCCGUACGUUCCGGAAUGAAUGUUUACGGUGUGGCAUCAGAGACAAACCUCAAAUUAGUCGAGAGUCUUGGUGCUAUUCCGAUAUCGCGCUCAAACAAGACAUACGAUGAAAUUGUCGAUGAAGUGAACGCUGUCUCGAAUAAUUCCAUCAAAUACGUUGCUGACUUGAUCGGUAUUGAGUCGUCGAAUGCAGCAUUACGUUUACUAAAAAGAGGCGGCGUUAUAGCGCCACUAGCAAGUAUGACACUUGGAAAGGAUGCCAAAAUACCCGAUGGUGUGGAUGUCAAAAUUAUAGAAAUGAAAAGGUUUAUACUUGACAGCAGUUACAAAUGGCAUGCAGACUACCUCAAUAAGCUGAUACAGGCGAACGAAUUGGUAUUCCCUGCUAUUGAAAUACUCAACGGAUUUGAGAGCAUCCAAACAGGUUUGGAUAGACUAAAGCAAGGCAAUAUGAAC